AUGGCCACCUACUCAUCCCUGGCUUCCAAUGGCCUCGUGAAGCAGGAGGUGCUGGCGGCUCUAGACUGUGGCUACAAACACAUUGAUUGUGCUGCAGCUACAGCCCUGCGUCAUGAGGAUGUGUUUCUGACCUCUAAGCUGUGGAACACCCAGCAUCACCGUGACUAUGUAGAGACAGCCUGUAGGAAGAGUCUAAUACACCUGGGACUGGACUACCUGGACCUCUACCUCAUGCACUGGCCCAUGGCCUUCCAGCGUGGGACAGAGCUGAUGCCCAAGCGGGCCGAUGGGAGUGUGUGUUACGACAACAUACACUACUGGGAAACCUGGGUUGCCAUGGAGAACCUGGUUGAUAAGGGGCUGGUCCGAGCCAUCGGUCUGUCCAACUUCAACGGCAGACAAACAGAUGAUGUCAACACCCUCGCCAAACACUGUGGUCAACCAGGUGGAGUGUCCCAGGCCGAGCUGCUGAGUCACUGCAGGUAGGUGUUUGUGUGUGUGUGUGUGUGUAUUCCAGGGCGGUAGAUGUAGGUGUGACGGCCUACAGUCCCCUGGGUAGUGCUGACCAGCCCAGGGACUCGCCUGACGAACCCUGCCUGCUGCAGGACCCUGGACUGGGGGCUAUCGCCAACCACCACAGAAAGACCCCUGCUCAGGUCAUACUCACGUAACACUCAAACACUUCAGUGUAACUAACUAGCUGUAGUGUAAUAGACAAUGCUCAUGUGUCUGUGUCUCCAGGUGGCAGGUAGAGAGAGGGGUGGUCUGCAUCCCCAAGAGCGUCACUCCCUCCAGGAUCCAGCAGAACCUGCAGGUCAGGAGGACAGCGCCAUCUAGUGGAAACCAGUUUGGAAACUACUCACCUCUUCCCCCAAAUGUGACUUUUCGCGAGAGAUGGAGCUGGCUGAGUCUAGGAAACAACAGGCUAUAAUUCUGUGUAGCUGCUGUGAUUGUUUUCUUGAAUGGGCGUUUGUUUGUCUGAUUGACAGGUGUUUGACUUCUCCUUUCGGAUGAAGACCUGAAGCAGAUCGAGUCGUUCAACAGAAACGAGAGGUACAUCGUCCCGGCUGUGGAGAGGGACGGAGAGUGGAGGGACGCAGACCACCCUCAUUUCCCCUUCAACGAUCCUUACUGACCUGAUCUAGAGACAGAUCUACUGACCCCACAUCUAGAGACAGAUCUACUGACCCCACAUCUAGAGACAGAUCUACUGACCCCACAUCUAGAGACAGAUCUACUGACCCACAUCUAGAGACAGAUCUACUGACCCACAUCUAGAGACAGAUCUACUGAAUCCUCGUACAUACAGUACCAGUCAAAAGUUUGGACACACCUACUCA